AUGGCAUCCGACGAGUCGCUCCCUACCCUGAAGAUCUUGAUGAUCGGGCCCUCUGGUGCAGGGAAAUCAGCCUUGUUGAUCCGGUACUGCGAUGACCAGUUCGACAACGAGAGCGCGACCGCGACCAUCGGUAUGAAAACCCUCUCCAUCCACGGCACCCCCUACCGUCUCAACCUCCUCGAUACCGCCGGACAAGAGCGCUUCCGCACCCUCUCGAACAGCUACUACCGCGGUGCCCACGGCGUGAUCUUGGUCUACGACAUCUCGAACCGGGACUCGUUCCUCGCCAUGGAGCGGUGGUUUGACGAAGUCGAAGCCAACGCCCAGCCAAACACGGUGACCUACCUCGUAGGCGCUAAACUGGACCGCGCUGCGGGAGGAGGAGGAGGUGUUGGGAAGGGCGGCAGGAUGGUGAGCGAGGACGAGGGCAGACGGUUGGCGGCCGAGAGGGGCGCGAGCGGGUGGUGUGAGGUCAGCAGCAAGACGAGGGAGAAUGUCAGGAAGCCGUUCUCGGAGGUGGUGGGGGAGAUUGUCAAGAGGCCUGAACUGAUGAGGGCGGGGAGGAGGGGUAACGUAAGUGUGGUUGGAGGGCAGGGCGACGCGGGUAUGUGCGCCUGCUAA